AUGUGCGACUUUUCGGAAUACGGCCCCAAAUCUGCCGAAUGGCUUGCAGUAGAAGCAAGUCUUCCGCCUCCCCCAACCUUUGCGGAUAUCUAUGAGAGACAAGCCGUAGUCAACAAAGGUCGGGAGGAGAUCUCUGCGAAUGGCAUGAAGCAGCUGGGCCACUUGGUCCGCAUGAAAGACUACAAGAUUCCUACGAGAGACGGUUCUUUCAUAGAAGCCCGAAGCUACAGGCCCGUCGAUGCUGCAGAUGAUGCUAUACUCCCGAUUUACAUCCAUCUCCAUGGUGGAGGAUAUCUAUUCGGCACUCUCUCAUCUGAAGAUGCCAUCUCCUCGAGAAUCGCAAUUGGAGCGAAGGUUACGGUUGUCAAUGUGAACUACCGUCACACGCCGGAUCAUACUUUUCCUACAGCUUGGAAUGACGUCGAAGAUGCCUUUUACUGGGUGCACGACCAUAUCGAUGACCUUCAAGGCAGAUCUGGCCAGGUUGUCAUCGGAGGGAUCAGCGCUGGUGCCCAGUUAGCAGCCGCCUUGACUUUGAGACAGAACAUCUCAGCACCAGAUAUCCGCCAGUAUCCCAAGAUUGCCGGACAGAUUCUCAUGAUCCCAGCUUUAGUCCAUCUUGACCAUUAUCAGUCUCAGCUUGACCAACUCACGAACCCCUUGGUAUCUUCAUAUGUCCAGAAUGAAGACGUACCGAUCCUUCCCAAGAAGGUCAUCGACUUCUUUACAGGAAUGCUGAAGUUCCCGGUUCCUUUCCCAGAUGCUGAUGAUUUCCGAGCAAACACUGGAAACGCAUCGGCUUCUCACGUCAAAGGACUUCCUCCCACUGUCUUUGGGAUUGCCGGUGCCGAUCCCCUGCGGGAUGAAGGUCUCUUGUAUGGAAAGAAGCUAGCCGAGGCAGGGGUACCCACGGAUAUUCAUGUUUUCAAGGGAUUGCCCCAUGGGUUCCGUAGAUAUGGGGAUCAGCUGAGUGAGUCUAAGAGAUGGGACAGAGUUAUGGAGGAGGGAAUUAUUUGGGCGCUCUCGAACCCUGAAGCAAGACAGUUUGAAGUCAAAACCGCUUAG